AUGAAAUUUAUUCUUAUUUGCUAUUAAAAGUAAUACUUUCAAAUUUUGAUUUUAUAAGUCAUUAGAAAUUAUUGCUCGAAUACUUUCCCACAGAAAAUAUGUGAAAUUUUUUAAUGUUUCAAAUGAUGAAUUCUAUUGGGAACUUCCAAAAAUAUUGUAAAGCUGUGACUCUCUGUAGAUUUUAUUUAAAAAAUUUCUCAUGUGUUGGUUUGAGAAAUACUCAUCUAAUGGUGGUUAAGAAAAAAAUAUUGCUACAGCAUCAAGUUCCUGUGAUGAAUGCCUGUCGUACAUUUUGGGAAACUUAUCCACUUUUAAAACGUGAUUUAUAUGCAAAAGAUUCUUUGGACAGGGAACACCAUGAAUUAAUUUAUCGAUCUCCCUUCUUCAAUUAUGUAUUUUAUGGUCAAUUUUUUAGUUAUUUAGCAUUUGUAGUACAACUUGGAGGAGGGCUGUAUCAUAUGUAUGCGUUUCAAAAAACUGGAGUGGCUCCAGCUACUUUUGGAUCUUUUACUGUCACUUACGAUAUGCUAUCAUAUUUGAUGAUAGGGUUUUUUAAUAUUCAAAACUUCUCAAUAUUUUAUGCAGCACAGAAUGUAGUUUUGAGAAUAUAUUUUAAAGAAGACAGUAAAGAAUACGUAAUAGUAUCUUUAGGACUUAAUCCAUUAACAUCUCGUCUUACAUACUGUAAGCCAGGUGAAUUAGAAUGUCUGAAAAUUGAACACCUCGGAAUGCUGUUUGGUAAUCAUAAGGUAAAAGGUCAUCGUCUGUUCAUGCAAACAAAUCGUUUUAAAUCUAUGUUCCAUUAUAAUAAUCUUAUAGGAAUUCUGUAAAUUUAUGUUCAAAACAUUAUUUCUUUUUCUUCCUUUUUUUUUUUCGGGGGGGGGGGAAGUUGUUACUGAGCAUUUUAUUUUGUGAUUUUAUAGAAAAUGUCUCAGGAAUAAUAAAAAAUCUGAAAACUAUAGCAUACUGUAUUUUUGUAUAUAAAAAUUUUAUAUGAAAAUUAAAGAUUGGGAGAUAAAAUGCAUUCUAAAAAGUGUGAGAAAACAAGGUAGCACUUUUGUAGAAGAAAAUAAAUUAAAAUAAAAGCUUUUCUUUGUUUCGAAUUAACGCCCCCCCCCCGCCCUCCCGUCUAAGAAAAGAAGAAUUAUUAUUCUUAAUGAAAAUGAAAUUUAGUAGUGUUUUUAGAAGAGAAAAGAAUAUAAAUCAAUUACAUAGAAUGCAAGAUAAACAUGGAAGUAUUAAAUUUUUUGAUGGAAGUACAUUUUUGCUUGAAUCACCCUUUAAAAUUUUCUUUUUGUAGCAUUGUUGCUUCUUUGCUCAUAUCAAGGUUGCAAAAAUACAGUUUAUAGUAAAUAAAUGGUUCUGCUUUGUUGCUAAUCUGUUUCAAAGAAUAUAUUUCUUUUGUAUUUAACCUGAUAUCAUAGCUUUACAAAUGUGAAUCUUACCUGAUGGAAAAUAUUGAUGAAAAUUUAACUAAGAAGUAAUUAUGUAUAUCAUAUAUCUAUGCAGUUUAUAUAUUAAGUAAAUCUUACCUGAUGGAAAGAAUUAUGUUGAAAAUUUAACUAAGAUGUGAUUAUGUGUAUCAUAUAUGUAUGUAGUUAAUGUAUUCAGUAAAUCAAACUUUUUAAUCCCUGGAACUUUCAAAAUGUUUUGUUGUUAAGUCUUUAGAAAAUUAAAGAAUUUUUUAGU